GGGACAUAGCAUCAACAAGCUUCCUCUAAAACUACACCAAGACUUUUCCCAACAACACACCACCAGAACCAACUGAAGGAUGGAUCCCAUCAGACGCAGAGAGUCGGUUUGCAGGAGUCUCUUUGGCCCGGUGGACCACGACCAGCUGCGCCGGGACUUGAAGCAGAAGCUGAAGGAGAUCAGUGAGCAGGACAGCCGCCGCUGGAACUUUAACUUCCAGACUGAAACGCCGCUGCCUGGCAGGUUUCAGUGGGAGGAACUACCCGCAGACUGCGCUGCUGCACUUUAUCAGGAGUGCGCACAGCCCAAGGAGGGUGUCUGCUCUUCAAACACCGAGGAUGAUGACCGGCUGAGCGACCGUGAAGAGAGCGCAGGGACCGACCAGGAGAACUGCUCCAGCAUCUCCAACACACACAAGUGUCCCGCUGAAGUGACGCCAGUCCGGAGGAAGAGGACGCUCUCUAAACCGGCAGCCAAGCCCAGAAACAACGCACAAAUUACAGAUUUUUUCGCAAAGAGAAAGAGGACGACAGAAACAAAGAGCAUCCUGAAUCCCUUUCACACAAGUUCCAGUGAAGCAGCUCUGUGCAAAACAAUAAGAUGAACAUGCUACUAAAAAUGGACUAUUUAUAUUUCUACAUCAGUUUUUGAUGGAUUGAACCAAGGCCUACUGAGUGUACCAAAGGAUUUCAUUUUAUCUUAUUAUUUUAUUUUAUUUGAUUAUAUAUUUUAUUCUUUAUUAAUUUGGGUGAAAUUAUACCACCCUGUGUUAUUUAUCUUAUUUAUGGACUUUUAUUUAAUUUCGUUGCAUUGUUUCAUUGAUAAUGUCACAAAUAUGUUUGUUUGGAGGUGUUUUUUAUUUAAUUUUUAUCAGUAUUAUUUUUAUGUGAGAUCAUUUGAUCAUUCGAAGACUGAAUCAAUGUUUGUUUCCGUAUGUUUCAUCUCUUUGUCAGUCUUGGUGAAUUUCUGUAUGAGCUGCUUCUGUUAACUAUAUAGAAAAGCACUAUUUUGUCCUUGUCCUGUUUGCCUAAAUAAACUGUGAUGCAGAUCAAAAAGAUUGUAAAAGCCUACAAUUAUUGUAAUUUCAAUAAACUGUUUUAUCAGUAA